GCUGUGCCCUGUGACAACACACGGACGAGUGCUUCAAGCCUGUUUCGUUCCAAUGGCAUUCGGCAUGAAAAAGAAGUUAUUGAACGGUGGACGUCAUUCGACUGGCUGUGUUCAAGUGGACGGGAGUGUUUAGCAAGUCUCCGCUUGGAAUCAAGUGACAUUUUUUUGUGUUAUGAGUUAAUUUGACACAUAAUCCUCGGUUCAAGUCGUAAUUUCAUUUUCGGAUCAUUUCGCAACGACGAAAGGGUUACAAAUUAAGAGGAUUUGAAUCAACAUAGUAUUUUAACUGAAACUGGGGUGGAGUUGGGGGGUCUGGUCAUAAGGUAUCCUCAAGUUGAUGUGAAGUUAGAGGGUUUGGUCCUAAAGGUUUCCUCAAAUUGAGGCCGAGUUGGAGCUAUCUUCAUGUUCUAUUGGCUAGCCUGUUAAUCUAAGAAGGCGAGGAUUAUCGAAUUAGAAAAGCAGAAACAUUUAAGGAUACGAGCAUCAUCUUUUCUCAUUAGGAUACAAUGCUGGAAGUCAAAAUGAGGGAAAUUCGUGAUUCACAACGACUGUGUUCAGAAGUGAUGUCAUCAUCCUGUUACUGUUGUCCGUCCGCUUCCUGUCGUAAAAUGGCGUUCAGUAUUUCUCAACAUCCGGGCAAUUCGUGGUUGAUUGUUUCGCUCUUAUUGGUGCUAUGUUGCUCGGGGUGCUACGGGGCGGAUGCACUAUGUUCGUUUACUGGUGAUAAAUAUGCAGUGGUGCUCAGGGUGAGGGAGGAUCUGAAAGUCGGUGCUACGAUUGGAAAGUUGAACCUCACUGCAGACAACUCCCAAGUUUCAUUAGCCCUAAACGGGCCAAACAAUUUUGUGACUCUCGACUCUGCAACUCGCGAGUUAAAAGUGAAAACAGAAAUGGAUGCUGAUAAGAAUGGUGCAGCGAAAAAUGUCAAGUUGCAGUGUACUAUCAAGGGAAAUGGGCAAAAGGUUGAUCUAACUGCACUGAUAUCGCUGAUAGAUGUCAACGAACAUCCUCCAGUAUUCGACAAGUCCGUCUAUAAACUCGAAAUAGGAGAGCUUACGCCUGUCGGAACAACCCUCCUCACCACCAUCAGGGCCACAGACGCUGAUUUCAACAACCUGAACAUAUUGUACGCAAUUCAACCUGGCAGCCAGGGGAACAUACCGAAUACAAGCUGGAAUCUAUCUGAAAUACUGGAAUAUUUCAACAUGCCUAUGCCUGGAAAGGGAAUUCUACAGCUUGUCAAACCGCUAGACUACGAGACCUUUCAUAACAUGUCUUGCCUUAUUACGGCAACGGAUCACCAGCAAGGAGUUGCGACCACGUCAGGCCCCGGGCACUUGACGGGGACGGCUACCCUUCAAAUAACUAUCAAGGAUGGGGACAAUAGAAAUCCCAUUUUUGUUGGCGAACCGAACACAGGAAGGAUACAGGCUAGCGCUUCACAGGGUGCACUCGUGACAAUGGACAAAGCUAUCAAGGCGAUAGAUGGGGACUCGGGCAUCAACGAAAAGGUCCUCUAUAAAGUACCUGGCGUAGCCGGUGUGACAAGCUAUUUCACGAUAGAUCCCAACUCCGGCGCUUUGAAGUUAAACAAAGUGGGGCCACCGGCUGGGCAAAAUGUGGUAACUGUCCAGGCAUACCAAAAGAAUUCCCCGUUGUUGAGAAGCACUACGACGAGGGUCGUGGUGACGGUACAAGGAACCAACUCGGUGCCCCCUUCGUUCAGUCAACAAACCUACACAGCCCAGGCUUUAGAGAACUCCCCCGUAGGGGCUUCGCUACUGACAGUUGUAGCUACAGAUAAGGACCAGGUCUAUUUGGGCAUAAAUGGGUCGAUUCUUUCAUACGCUCUUAGUGGUACCAAUGUAUUCGGUAUCGAUACGAAGAGUGGAGUGAUAUUCCUUGCAAUGGCUCUUGACUUUGAGACGAUGGCGAUCUACACCUUCGAAGCAAAAGUCAAAGAUGGCACUUUUACUUCGACAGCCACUGUAUCAGUAACAGUCCUAGACGUGAACGACAAUGACCCAGUUUUCAGUGAACUCGCCUACACCUUCAAAUACGACGACGAAAAUGGAGAUAAGGUACUCGGAAAGGUGACAGCCACGGACAAGGACAAGAAUAAUAAAGUUACGCUCAGUCUGAGAGAUUACAAACAUAUUUUUUCGAUAAACCAAGCCGGUGAACUUCGUAUGAUAGGAAAAAAAGGUGACAUAACCCAGAGCAAGUACGAGUUACUCAUCGACGCUGUGGACGAUGGUGUGCCGCCGCGGCGUGCGACUGGCGUGGCCGUGGUGUCCUUCAGUCCCGCUAUGGUAGCUGGUGCGGUUGCCGGAGGUGGUACUGUGACCGAGGUGGAUCUCAUACCGCUCAUCAUCCUGGCCUGUCUUUGUGGUGUGCUAAUUAUAGUCAUCAUCGGACUCAUCAUCUACAUUCACAAGAGAAUGCGAUCGAAAGAGAUUCCCAUCACGCGGACGGCGAAAAACCAGGAAUCACUGUCUAUUUCUAAGAACUCGCUCCACUCGGAGGUUGACUUGGACUUUACUUGGCUGGACCACUCGCCAACAAGUGACUCCAACUCAUUCUCCUAUUCCUCCGGGGUAGGGAGUCUUACUUCAUCUCAGAUUGCAUUUGUAUUACCUUCAACGAGGUGCUAAUCGAACACUUCGCCAACCUGGUAACUUAAGACGAAAUUCUUCCCCGGGAAUUGUUUGGAAACUAUCAUUCAAAUGGAGGUGCAUGAUUUAUCAUCUUGACAAUGUUUAUAGUUGCGUACAGAAUAGGCAAGACGUCUUCAAGGAAACAGUUUGUGGACGCAAGAAGUAGUUUGGCCUAAUCACGGUAUAAAUUUGAAUCUUUUAAAGGGUCUGUCGUUGCGGCUGCGUCCGUUGUUGUUUUGGUUGUUACAAUACCAAGAAUCGCACUAGUAUAUAAGCUAGUGUCAACUUUCCAGUAUCUAAUCCAAGGUUUCAGAUAUAAAAUCCUUACUCUGCCUUGAUUAUCAUUAAUUAUACCAUGUGUAUGAUGGGGAAGAAUCAGGCUCCCCUGGUGAUGGAGAGGCGGAAGAGAGAGACGAAUCCCUUUAAAUUCUAAUAGAUGGAAGGAAGCUCGAUAUAAGUCUGCGUCAAUUUUAGGAAAUACUGCUACCAGCGAUGAGGAAUUAUGGUCAUUCGAAAUACUUAGCAUGUGACUCAUUCAUGUAGUAUUUCUUUAUAUAUUCCUAAACAGAGGAAAUACCAUAUCAUUGUAGGUUUAUCAAAGGUAUGCUAGGUCCACAUUUAUUUGGGUCUAUGCCUGGAGAAAGAUAGAAUACACGCCAUGCAAACUGGAAUCUCGUAUAACUUGGUAUAUUAUCAAAUUGCAAGCCACAUGGUAGGGAGCCGAGCGGAAUGUCCAUGUCCUUUGUAGACUUUUAGUCGAAAAUAUCAUUACAUGUAUAUUAACUUCGAUCGGUCUCAAAGUUAUGUCUGGGUCAGAGUCGUAGAAGUCGCCUUAACCCCAUUCCAAGCGUCUUGGCGGUGUGCAAUCAUAUAACUCACUGGAGAAGGACUAAAUAGAAAUGGUGGGAAAUUAGUACCUAUAUAUAAAAAUAUGUGUUCAAAUUUACUUUUCCAUAGACACCAAUGACUACUAUGUUAAACUGCAUGUAUAACGAUAUGGCAUUUUAUUCCCCCGGAUUAUGGGCCGGCUAAUGCAUCAACAUGAUUAAAGGGACUACCGGCCCAUGGGGUAUACCAGUAAAUUUCGUCAUCAUCGAAAACUGCGAGGUUAAAAAAAAGUUGUGUUGAUGCAUUUGUAUGCAGUUCGACUGUAAGUGUUCAGUCAUCGCCCACCAUGGUCAGCAUUGGUUAGUUUCAGAUUGAAGGCGGGAAAACAAUAAAAGACACCAAAAUCAAUAUUAAGAGAAACAUACAUUGUAAAGGAAGGAUAUAUCCCCAGUGGACACAUUUUUCUUUUACAUGGUCAUUAGUUUCUAUAUAUGCACGUCGAAGGGCAAUAACAGUCGAUAAGUGCGUUGCAGAGGAUAGUCAAAAGCACUGCAUAAGUGGCAGAUGUUUAAGUACUAUUUAGUGUGUUGUUUUUGAAAGACGAGAAUGUAUUCUAGUAUCGUGUAUAGCCACUAUUUUCUAAUUAUGUACAUGUAUAUAGGACUAGAUCUGUACACCAAAUCAAUCUAUGCAUUUGUAUACCUGUAUAUUCAAUAUAGCUUUAUAUGUAAAUGUUCGUUGUAUAAAGUUUGGGUUGUUCACUAUGAAGUUUACCCGUAGUUCGUUUCGGGAAAAGUUUCAGUUUGGUGCCAUCAGUUUCGAUCAGAUCUUCCAAUCGAAAAAGUAUAAUUCCCAAUUUUUAUUUCAGCUAGUUUAGGUUAUUUGUCGAAUUCGCAGAUAUAAAACGCCAGCACUAGUGUAAAAAUGUGGCGGGUUACAGUACUAGUUUAUCGAUAUACUAGGUUUAAGGAAUUGAUAGCGAACUGAGGGUAUUGGUCGGACGUACUCACCAAACAUGGCGAGGUUGGAGCUAAAAGGUAGGCCGAACCCGAGGCGACAGCGAGGCGAGGAUUUGUGCAAAAUGACAGCCCUACCCGGGCAAUGUUUAUGGUGCGACAACCAUUUCUAGUGAGGUAUCAUUAAACAUGAAAGGCGAUUGUGCAGUGAAUGCGUUAGGGAGCGUCCAUUAAGUACGUACGCACGAAAAUGCCAAUUUUGAUACCCCCCCCCCCCCCCCCCCUGUAUGCACCUUGUACGCAUUGCCUCAUACCCCCUCCCCCCUGUACGAGCGUACGCCUAUAGAACCUUGAAUUCCCUAGCUGACGAACAGACAUAGUACCUAAUUUUGCUACAUUGUGGCGCUACAAUCGGAUUGGCGUCGCCAUUUUCUCUGACGGCGACACGCAUUACCGGGAAAUUAAACGGUGCUGGAAAUUGCUAAAACAUUGUAGUCGGGUAAUAUCCGAACCCAGAAGCGUAUGAGUUCACACAUCUUGUGAAGAACAAGUAUGAUUAUCCAAAUAAGAAUUAGAAAGAGGAGAAGAUUAUUAUGAUAAUAUUUAUUUUUUAUUUGUUCAAAAAAUGGUUCUUGGGUUGCGUACGUACGCAAGACCAUUAACCCCCCCCCCCCUGUACGCAUAGUGUACGAAUUUCAUAGACCCCCCUCCCCCCUCAGUGCGUACGUACUUAAUGGAUGCUCCCUUAUGACUUCCAUAUUUUGCACCCACCCGAGUGGUUAUGGUCAUCUAACCUACAAUAACCGCUGAAUUCAAAAUGAGGCUUCGUAGACGCACAGUGCAUGUACACAGUAUGGUCCAUUAUAGAUCAAGGUAUUGAGAACUAUACGUAACAUUGUUUGCAACAUUUGCUCUUCAUAUUAUUCCUAGGACACAAAGUAUAGUGAUUUUUCUUCAAAAGAUACCGUUCGAAAAUUAAAUGAGAGGUUUGAGGGGAGGCACAUGUAUAUAUAACGCGACUCCACUCUUUGAAAAAGUACAACGUUACUCUAAAAGCGCAAAUAGCGGUUUCUAAUUAAUCUUGUCAUUUUGAUACAAACGAAGAGAACUAUAUUUGUCACAAUUCGUUAAGGGGUUUUAUUUUAGCUUUUUGUUUGUGUCAGAGCGCACUCUGUUGUCAUAUUUCAACAAUCAGCUGAAUAAAAGGAUAUAAUUUCUAUGCA